CGCCUUCCGCCCCUCAACUUGACUGCAUCAUGGAAUAUCUCUCGCAGUAUAUGUUUUCGUGCACAAGGAGCGGUCUCAAGGCUCAAUACAUGACAAUAUCGAGACUCAGCCUUCGACAGCGCGCCUUCAAGCCCCAUGGCCGGACAUUCGGAACAAGGACAGCCCAGCAAACACUCACGUACGGCCAGUCGACAACACUACAGUCGUCCCUCGCGAUGCCCCUCGACAUUCUCAUCGUGGGCGCUGGUAUCUGUGGCCCGGCUUUGGCAAUUCUCUUGCAGAACUCAGAUCCCAGCCACGAUAUCAAAAUUAUCGAGCGCUCUCCGUCUCUACGCGCGGCGGGACAGCAAAUUGAUUUGAGGGGCGAAGGCAUCGAGGUAUUGAGGAAGAUGGGGCUUUUGGAUGAUAUCAAGUCACAUUGUGUCGACGAAACAGGCCUUGAGAUUGUGGACUCAAGUGGAAACCCCACAACACGCUUUGGCAUCAACCCGGCAGGCGAACGUCGACGGACACUAACAUCUGAAUACGAGAUUAUGCGUGGCGACGUCGUUAAAACACUAUACGAGGCUAGCCUCGAACAGAAUACAAGAUUGAAGGCAGAUCGUGGGAGUAAGGGAGGGAUAACCUACGAGUUUGGCAAGACGUUAACCGACCUAUCCGAGAACCCCGGCGGUGUGAAGGUCACCUUCUCGGACGGACAAAAAGGGCAAUACGACCUUGUUGUUGCGGCAGAUGGCCAAGGAUCGCGGACCAGGCGCCUAGCCUUUGGCGAGGACGUCAGUAAUGCAUCCUUCAAGUCAGUUGGGGUCCAUGCUGCGUACUACAGCAUCCCACGGAUCGAGGGGGAAGAAUCACUUGCCAAGGCGUAUAGUGCUUUGGACAGGCGACUACUAGUCACGAGAACUAGUAGUCGUCCUGUGACUCAAGUCCUGCUCUUCACCAUGAAAGGUAGCGAAAAGCUACGGCAGUCGUACAAGGAGUCAAUUGAGAAACAGAAAGAGGCCUUUGCCGAGGUGUUUAGGGAUGCUGGGUGGCAAACCGAUCGGGUUUUGACUGGAAUGACAGCAUGCAGCGACUUCUACGCACACGAAGUUGGGCAGAUCAAGAUGAAGCAUCUCUACAAAGGCCGGGUCGCACUGCUUGGAGAUGCCGGUUACUGUCCGAGCCCUUUCACCGGUAUGGGUACUACUGGCUGCCUUGUCGGCGCGUACAUACUUGCCGGUGAACUGGCGCGAAAUCGCAGCAGCGUUCCGGACGCUCUGCAAACAUAUGAGCGGAUCAUGCAGCCCCUCGCCAAUGGGUUCCAGCAGAUGCCUACCUCGGCGCUUGGCAUCUUCUUCCCGUCGACCAAAAUUGGGGUCUGGAUGCUGCGUAAAUUGCUCUGGGCAGUAUCUACAAUCGACCGAAAUGCCCCGGUACAGCAAGGCAACGCAAAGUGUAAUCUUCCCGAUUAUCCUGAGCUAAACCUAUAG